AUGGUAUUAAUUACAAACAAACAGCAGGACCUCAUUGAUGAGGUUAUAUCUAACUAUCUAAAAAAUUAUGAUAAAAUAGCGCAACAGUACUUAAAAAUCAGACAAGACAUAUAUGAAUUAACAACAUCAAUCUCCCAAGAAAUAACGGAAUCAAAAGAGGGAUUGGUAUCCGAUUCAAAUAAAUUCAAAAUUAAACAAUUGCUGUAUGAUUUUGACAAGGUCUGUGAAAUAUAUAAGACUCAUUUGCAAAUUUUAAAUCUGAAUCUCGAUAUCAAACAGAAUAUUCCUCCACCAUAUAUCGAAGAACUUAACUUACAAUAUGAUGCAUUAUUAGCGAGAAAAACUGACUUAAAAUCAGAAAUAGACACUUUAAAAAAUGUUCAGAAGCCAUUAUUGGAUAAGAUGAGAUUGUUACUUAAGAGUUUUGAAAAUGGGCUUAAUAGUCGAACCGCUAAAAGAAUGAAUAGGAUAGUAAGCGAUGGUAUAAAUGAACCAGACGAAAAUAGUAAGGAUAUAGACGUUCAGUCUUUAAUAUUCCAUUCGGCUGAUAUGGAAACGUUAUUCAGUGAUGUGGAUACUAAAUUGAAUCAGUUGAAAAAUAUAGGCAAUGACGACGACCCCGAUAACAUCAUUGAUUCUAAUCAACCAAAGAAUAUAACCCGUUACAUCGACGAACACUUACGAAAUGGGAGAACCUUUCAUCUUUUAGAAGAAGAUAAAUACAUUUAUGAUGUAUCAAAAUCUGCUACGGUUGAUACUGCUACGUCCCUUACAAGUGUAGAUGAGUAUGAUAGAAUGAUUGAAAAUUUAAUUAUCAACAUAAAGGACGUCAUCGAGCAUGGUGCAGAAUCCAAGGAAAGAUGGAGUAAUAAUGCAAGAAAAUUGGACCUCAUAAAAGAAACUUUGAACAAAUUUGAAGAUUCUGUGGAUAUUUCUGACGAAGAGAUGGAAUCAUAG